UAUAGUUGUAACCGACAUGAUCAUAACCAAUAUGAGCAACAGAGAGAUAUGGUGUUGUUAUCCAACGCUUGAUGAAGGCCAGUUGAUGGCCAAGAUUACUAGCUAUACCCGAAUCUCAGCGCAACCGCAAUUGCAGCGCACGAGGAGGGUAAAGUGUGAAAUAAUCAGUGGACUAAAGUAGCCACCGCCCAUAGAUCGAAGCAGGAACAAAAGGCUUUAGCUAGUCCUCUCCAUUCCUCUACUCUCCCUGAGUCCGUAACUAAAGGUGGUGGAAUGGCUGGUCUCCUGGCUUUGGCCCGGAUCUCGGGCCUCCUGGUCGCUACCCUCGUGCUCGUGUGGGCCCUCUCCUUCCGUACCACCUUUCUUCAUCCCAUUUCUACCACCACCGCCGCCGCCGUCGGUGGUGCCACAUCCCAGCUCGACCACCUGUAUUCCGUCCUUCACCCCCUUCUCAUGGUCAUCGGCUUCAUCCUUCUCAGCGGCGAAGCGAUGUUGGCGCACAGGUGGCUCUCCGGGUGCUCGCGGGGGACGCGAAAGUGGAUGCACCUCUCGCUCCAAGGGGCGGCGCUCGGUUUCGGGCUUUUUGGCAUUUGGGCCAAGUUCAAGGGCAAAGAUGGAAUCCUCGCCAACUUCUAUAGCCUCCACUCUUGGAUGGGCCUCCUCUGCGUCGCCCUCUUCGCCGCCCAGUGGGUGGUGGGAUUCCUGAUCUUCUGGCACCGGGGGAAGGGGCGGCGGACGCGGGUGGCGCUGCUGCCGUGGCAUGUCUUCGCGGGGCUCUACACCUACGGCCUCGCUGUCGCCACCGCCGAGACCGGCCUCCUCGAGAAGCUGACCUUCCUCCACAUCAAGCGUGGUGUCCCCCGUCGCUCGCUGGAGUCGGCGCUCGUCAACGUCCUCGGCCUUGCUCUCGUCGUACUCUGCGGGCUCGUCGUCCUCGCUGCCGUAUCUCCAAAGCAACGUAGCAACAAGGAUGGUAGCAUUGCCACUAAAAAGGCCGGCUGUUGUUAUUCACCGGAAGACUAUGAAGUUUGUGCAAUCUUACGAUAAUGAAGAUGAUGCAGUGGAUGGAAAAUGGAUUCCUUUUUAGCCGUUGUUUUUGUUUAUUCAAUAAUUUUGUCGUUGAUUUCUGUUGUAAAUACAUUGGAGACGGUGCUGGAAUGCUUGAGGAAUUGAAUGCUGUGUCGAAAUGCUGAGA